AUGGAACAGAAGUUUCUUAUCGCGCGAGCUUGGAUGGGUGUUGAAAAAACAAGGGAUGUUGUUUUUGGUGACUAUUCAUCUUCAUUUGACGAUCUUCGUUGGUAUGUUGAUGUCGCUAAUGAUUGUAAUUCGGGGAGUGUUUUUUAUAUGGAAUUUGAUAUUGAUAGUAAAGGAAGUCAUUUCAAAUGCUUGUUUUUCGCUUUUGAGGCAUGUUUAUAUCCAUUAUGUUUUGCCAUUGUUGAUAGUGAACGUUAUGACAAUUGGCAUUGGUUCUUAUCAAAGUUAUUUGUUAUUUUGACUCCGGGAAGGGAUAUUACGUUUGUUACUGAUCGGCAUGGAGGUUUGCUGAAAGCUUUAGCUAAGACAAAUUUGAAGACUUAUUUGUCAGUGAAGUGUCGCAAAUCUAAAGAGUAUUUGCUCACUCUUUUUAGUAGAUGUGCAUAUGCUCCUACUAUUGAGUUAUCUAAUGAGCUAUUUGAAGAAUUUAAGGGUUGUUGUGGUCGUACUAUUAGGGAUAAGUGCCAUUUGUUUUCAACUAAUCUUGUUGAUGCUAUACGGGUGGAACUAAUGGAGCAAUUUUCAAAAAGGAGAGAAGUUGGAAAUAAGUGGAAUCGUAUUGUUUGUCCUUUUACAGAGAAAAAGUUGGAAAAAUGUUUUAAUGAUACAAAGGCAUGGAUAGUUAAGAAAUGUAGCGAUGAUAUUCAUGAAAUCCAAUUGGAUCAUUCAGUUAUGGUUGAUAUUGGGAAACGGUCUUGUUCUUGUCGAUUGUUGGAAAUUGAUUAUUUUCCUUGCAAACAUGGUUUUUGUGCUAUAAAAAGGAGUAAGAAGGAUCUGAAGUGUUUUCUUGAUGAUUACUACCAUGUUCGUAGUUAUUGUGAUUGUUAUUCGCAUUCUAUCUAUCUAGUUCCUAGUAUAUGGAAGCCAAAUGUAGUUCUUGAUGAUGACGUUGUUUUACCUCCUCUUUGUAAGAAACCAACUGGAUGUCCAAGAAUAGAGAGAAUACCUUCGAAGGGCGAGAUCAAGAGAAUUAGGUGCAAUAGGUGUGGAAAGAUGGAAACUCAUAAUCAGAAGACAUGUAAAGAAGCUUUGUUUUAG